CACCUGUUAAACCGACGCCGUAAUGAAGGAAACCGCACAGUGUAUGUGGACAAUAAGCUGCCAGCCUCAGAUGAGGACAUCAUUCUCCCAGUUUAUCCCAACAACACUGUCAUAUCCUCCAAGUAUACAGUUUUGACAUUUUUGCCAAAGAAUCUUUUUGAACAGUUGCAGAGAAUUGCAAAUUUCUAUUUCUUGUGUGUUGCAUGUAUUCAGUUUGUUAUAGACACUCCAGUGACGCCAUUGACCAGCAUCCUACCUCUGACCUUUGUGAUAUGUGUGACUGCAAUCAAGCAGGGUUAUGAAGACUGGCUGCGACACAAGGCAGACAAUGAGGUGAAUUUACGACAGACAUUUAUCAUCAGGAAUGGAGAGGAAGAAGCUGCAAGAGCCAUGGAUAUCAAGGUUGGAGAUAUUGUCAAGGUACAGAGGAAUGAGGAGUUUCCCUGUGAUCUCAUUUUGCUGUCAUCAGAUGACCCCAUGGGCCAGUGCUUUAUUACUACAGCAAACCUGGACGGCGAGACCAGUCUCAAGACAUGCUACAGUCUCAAUGAAACACGUGAGUUUGACACACCUGAAAAACUAGGUCAUCUGGUGGCAAGCAUCACCUGCAUGGCUCCGGUAGCAAAUUUGUACAGAUUUCAUGGAGUUGUGGCUGUAGGCACAGGCGUAGAACCUCAUUCUCUGGGGCCUGAGAAUUUGUUACUGAGAGGGGCUCGCCUCAAGAAUACUAACCAUAUUUAUGGCUGUGCUGUGUAUACAGGAAAAGACACCAAAAUGUCCUUGAAUUCAAAGUCGAAAAAGAUUAAAUUUUCAAGAGUGGAAAGAAAGAUGAACCAUUUCCUUGUUGUUUUCCUUGUUGUUCUUCUGUUGGAGUCAGUUGUGUCCACAGGGUUAAUGUACUGGUUUGAGGAUGUGAAUGGGGUGCCAUGGUAUGUGCCCAAGGAUAAAACAAAAGCAGAGGCCGUUAAAGCCAUUGAAACUGCACUAGCAUUCAUGGUGCUGUACAACUACAUAAUUCCUAUAUCUUUGUAUGUCACAGUGGAAGUGCAAAAGUUCUUAGGGUCCUUGUUCUUUGGUAUGGACAUUGAGAUGUAUGAUGAAACAAUAGGAGAGCGUGCUCAAGCAAACACAUCUGAUCUCAAUGAAGAAUUAGGACAGGUUGAGUACUUAUUUACUGAUAAGACAGGUACCUUGACAGAAAACAACAUGGUGUUCCGCAAAUGCUGUAUUGGCAAACGGCAGUUUGAAAUUGUGGAUGGGAAAUUUUGUGAGAAAAUGGACACUGACUCCCUUGACUUGAAAUCUUCAGUAAAGUUUACGGAAGAGAUGGAUGAGUUUUUCAAGGUGCUAGUUGUGUGUCAUACUGUGAGGCUGGAUGUCGCACGCAAGCCUCAGGUUGGACACGGUUUAUCCGGCUCCAGAAAGGCUGAGUACGAGUAUCAUGCAAGUUCCCCUGAUGAGAAGGCAUUGGUGAUAGCCUGCAGCAGGUUAGGGAUCAUUUAUCUUGGGACCAGUGACAGUAUCCUGCGGGCUUCAUUCCACAAAAAGAUUCGACAUUUUAGAAUUCUUCACUCCUUGCCCUUUGACCCAACCAGGAAACGAAUGAGUGUGAUAGUGCAGGAAGAGAAUGGAGAGUAUGUGUUGCUGUGUAAGGGAGCUGAGAUAGCUAUACUGGACAGAAUAGUGACAGGGGACAUUUUGAAGACACAGAAUCUCAUCAACGAAUACGCUGCGCUGGGACUGAGGACUCUGACCAUUGCUCAAAGGAAGCUCUCCCCAGACAAGUACGGGCAGUAUGAUAAAAUGUUAACAGAAGCCAGGAGGUCUUUGGGUUCAAGAGAUGAACAGGUUGGGGCAUUUAUGUUAUUGUUUAUACAUUUUUGUAUUUUUAAAUUUUGCAUAAAUUAUGUGACUUCAGUGUGGGUACUGACAGGUGACAAGGAGGAGACAGCGGUCAACAUCAGCCAUGCUGCUGGACACUUCACCAGUGACAUGCAUGAGCUGCGACUGACCCGUGUGGCCAAUGAGGAGGAUUGUGAGCCACAGAUGCAGGAGCUAAUGUCUCAUGUGGACUUUGCGCUAAUUAUUGAUGGCCAGAGUCUUGCCUAUGCAAUGAAGAGUUACAAGGAGAUGCUGCGUCAGCUGUGUUCUAGAUGUGCAACUGUGCUUUGCUGUAGAAUGUCCCCAAUACAGAAAGCAGAAGUGGUUGCUAUGAUUAAAAAUUCACCAGAAAGACCUGUAACAGCAGCCAUUGGAGAUGGAGCCAAUGAUGUCAGCAUGAUUCAGGAGGCUGAUGUUGGGUUAGGAAUCAUGGGUAAAGAAGGGAGGCAAGCUGUCCGAAACAGUGACUAUGCGUUUGGGAAAUUCAAGUUCCUGCGACGUGCCUUACUCUUUCAUGGUCAUCUGUAUUAUAAUCGCAUUGCUGUUCUUGUGCAAUAUUUUUUCUAUAAGAAUGUUGCCUGGAUUACAGCACAAUCCCUCUUUGAUCCAUUUUAUCUGAUGUUUUACAACCUGACCUUCACAUCCCUUCCCAUCCUCAUCUAUGGACUUUUUGAGCAGCAUAUACCAAAGGAUGAGCUUCUCAACAAGCCCGAACUGUACAGAAAAAUUAGUAGGAAUGCUACGUUGAGCUGGACUCAGUUUCUGAGAUGGAACUCUUUGGGUUUGUGGCACUGUGUUGUGAUCUUUUUUGGAACAUUACUGCUGCAGAUCAAUGGGGCAUCAAUGUUUGAGUCUGGUGUGGGUAUAGGAAAUUUUGACUUUGGAAGUCUUAUACUGUACUCCUGUGUUAUCACUGUCAAUUUAAAGCUGUUGUUGGAGACUUACUACUGGUGUGUGCCAACCCUGAUUGCCUAUGUCAUCACUUUUGUUGGUAUCAUUGUGUUGUCAGCCUUCUACACCAACAUCUACUUCCC